AUGCGUUUCACAAUCAAGCUUGCUGCUGCUGUCACAGCAUGGGCUGCUACCGCUACAUGCGCAGCCACUUCGUUAAUUCGAAGUGACAUCUCUGGCACAUGUUCCGAAGAUCUUGGGCAGCUCGGAAAGAAGUUGUCAAAAUCAGCCAAGAUCUACUGCCCCGGAUCGCCCGAGUUCGAAAAGGCUUCUACUCGUUGGUCUGUUCUGGACGCUCCCAAAGUCAACAUCGUUGUUGUACCUGGCACUGAGCAAGAUGUUGCUACAACGGUCAAGUACGCCAAUAAAAAGAGUCUGCCUUUUCUCGCCUUCAACACAGCUCACGGUGCUAUUACAACUCUCGGACGAAUGGACCAUGGCAUCGAGAUCUACCUGAACCAAUUGAACACAGUCGAAGUCGCUGGAGAUGGCAAGACUGCUACUAUUGGCGGCGGCACGCAGUCUAAGAAGGUCACGGACACUCUUUGGGCAGCCAACAAGCAAACUGUGACUGGAACCUGCGAGUGCGUUAGCUACAUGGGCCCUGGCCUCGGAGGAGGACACGGUUGGCUCCAAGGCCAUCACGGCAUCGUUGCAGAUCAGUGGGUCUCUGUGAAUAUCGUGCUAGCCGAUGGCUCCUUCAAAACCGUCAACAAGGAUUCUGAUCUUUGGUGGGCCCUCAAAGGUGCCGGUCACAACUUUGGAAUUGUAACUUCCGUCACGUCCAAGGUCUAUGAGAUCCAGCACCGUGACUGGGCCAUCGAGACUCUUGUAUUCAGCGGCGAACAUGUUGAGAAGCUUUACCGCGCUACCAACGAGCAUCUGCUGCGCAAACAGCCUGAGGGGCUCAUCAGCUGGAGUUACUGGGUGCACGAUCCUACUGCUGACCCCGAGAAUCCAAUUAUCCUUUUCUGGCUAAUCCAGGAGGGGGCCAAGACCAUCGACACCAAGAUUUCAAAGCCCUUCCAUGAUCUCAAGCCCCUCGCCAUCAGUCCCGACUCUGGUGACUACCGCGAUCUGGCUAGGUGGACUCAAAUUGACAUUGAUGCUCCAGCAUGCCAGAAGAGUGGUCUCGUAAACCCUCGUUUCCCUCUGUAUCUCAAGGAGUUCAACGUCGCCGCCAUGAAAGAAGCAUGGGAUCUCUUUUCUGCCGAGACUGGCCCCGAGUCUCCCUUCAACACUUCCAUCUUUAUGUUCGAAGCCUACUCCACCCAGGGUGUCCGUGGUACCAAAGCGAAGGAUUCCGCCUUUGCCUUCCGUGACGAGAAUGUUCUCACUGCUCCUUUGAUUACUUACAAGCCGGGUGAUGCUGCGCUUGACGAGAAAGCUGCAAAGAUUGGAAACGACCUGCGUGAUAUCCUUCACAAAGAAUCUGGUCAGAGGAAUAUGGGUGUCUAUAUCAAUUACGCUUAUGGCAAUGAGAAGCCUACUGAUUGGUACGGAGGCGAGAAAUGGAGACAGGAGCGUCUGCGGAGCUUGAAGAACAAGUAUGAUCCCAAGGGCAAGUUCAGCUUCUUUGGUCCAAUUGCUUAG